AUGCCCGAAUCGACCACAUCCGGUGCGGGGGGCGUUGGAAGGGAAAAAGGAAAGGUGGAAUUUAUUGACUUAGAUGAAGACACGGAUACUGGUGAUUCGGAGUUUGAACCUCCUGAGGGUAGUGGAGUUCAGGAUGAUGAUAGCAUUGCAGCAGAAGAGGAUGUGGCUGAUGAGGAAGAGGUCAACGGUUUGAUGAGGGAGAGCGAGAUGUCGUUGAGCGAGCUGCUAGCCUCCUACGGCCUCCCCGCUUCUGCGAUUCCAGUUGAGACUGCUUCAUCAACGAUGAAUCCGUCGAAUUCAGGCGAACGGUCUCUCACGCGUAAACGUCGCUACAAUGGCAACACAGCGCAAGCGCCUACAGAGACAUCAGUUGCGGCCCCGGGCGGUAAUAACGGUACCGCCCAUCGGCCCAAUGACACCAAGCCUGGUGGUGUGAAGGCAAUUGAAAUCGAUCUCACGUCAAGUAAUGGUGAAGCGGAGGAAGAGGAAGAGCUGGUGGAUGAUGCAGUAGUAGAUGAUGAAGUUGAUGACGACGCGGAUGUUGAUGAAGAUGAGGAAGAUGAUGAAGAGGAAGAAGUCGGUUCCGAUUGCAAAAACCAUGCAGUCUCACUCUGGUGUCAAGCUCUUGCGGCGGGCGAUUCUCCACCGGCUUAUAAUUCUGAGGAGGAUGAGGAUUACUUGCCUAACGUUGAAGGAGAGGGCGAUUGGCGCGGUGAGAUGCAUGUGGGGGAGGAGUACCAAGCCAGUGUCCCAUUAACACCACCACCGGCAAAUUCACGGACGGACUCACACCUGGGACUGGAAGCACGAAUGCUUUGGAAACCGAACCACCUCUCCGAGGUGGAGGUGGAGCACUAUCAGCAGAACUACUCGAGGAUUCUUGCACUCGCCGCACCAACUACUCGCGUACCUGAUGACGAAGAGGUAAGCUUUUACAUCUCUUUAUCUCUACUAGAGGAGGAAAUUAAGGUGAAAUCAUUUUUUUUUUCUAUUCCGUACACUGAAGGCACUCUUCCUUCUCCUUCGAUCCAAUUUCGAUCCGGACGAGGCAUUGAGUCGCCUUCAAAUGAAACCCGUCCAACCAACCGUUUUCCACCAUUUCGUGUUCAGUUGAGGCAUAAAACAGUGGGAGAACUAGUGCAUUUCUACUACCUUUGGAAGAAGACUGCACGUCACGACGAGUUUGUUCGUCUUUAUCGACGCGAAAAGAAGAAGCCUCUUCAUCCUGGCAUUACAGAUUUUAUGGACUGUCUGAUGAAGGAGCAGCUGUCUGCAGUGGCUGGUCCCUCAGAUGAGGUGGGUGACCUUGAAUCCAACUGCCAGAACCAAUCGCAGGCUCAAAUGACUAUCCCAAAGACAGAAUUUCCCUCUCCGUCCACUCAACCCACCUUCCCAGCCAUUGCGGUCUGUCCCUCGGAUCGCGACGAGGCACCCGGCCAGUACGUGUCAACACUUAAUUGCAGCAGUUCUGCAGAAAAUUGA